CGCGGUGACCGUCCUCGGAGUCCGUCGGCUCGCGCCCCGCCCCCGUUCUGCUGCCCCCUCCCCUGUCGCGCGCGGGGGGUGUUUCUCGCUCCUCGCGAGUUGCCGCCGCCGCGGUCGCCGCUGCUCCUCCUCUCCCAGUCUUGGGUUUCCCAGGCACUGCUGCCGCCGCUACCUCUGCGGUCUGUAUGAGGAGGAGGAGGAUGUGAAGAUGGCGGAGCUGCAGAUGCUGCUGGAGGAGGAAAUCCCGGGGGGCCGCCGGGCCCUCUUCGACAGUUACACGAAUCUGGAACGGGUGGCAGAUUACUGCGAGAACAACUACAUCCAGUCAGCAGAUAAGCAGCGAGCUCUAGAAGAAACCAAAGCCUACACCACCCAGUCCUUAGCAAGUGUUGCGUAUCUGAUAAAUACCUUGGCCAACAAUGUCCUGCAGAUGCUGGAUAUCCAAGCAUCCCAGCUACGAAGGAUGGAAUCUUCAAUCAAUCAUAUUUCACAAACCGUUGAUAUUCAUAAAGAGAAGGUUGCAAGAAGAGAGAUUGGUAUUUUGACUACCAAUAAAAACACUUCAAGGACACAUAAGAUUAUUGCUCCAGCCAAUCUUGAACGACCAGUUCGUUAUAUUAGAAAACCUAUUGACUAUACAAUUCUAGAUGAUAUUGGACAUGGAGUAAAGGUGAGUACCCAGAAUAUGAAGAUGGGUGGGCUGCCGCGUACAACACCUCCAACUCAGAAACCCCCCAGUCCCCCUAUGUCAGGGAAAGGGACACUUGGGCGGCACUCCCCCUAUCGCACACUGGAGCCAGUGCGUCCUCCAGUGGUACCAAAUGAUUACGUACCUAGCCCAACCCGUAAUAUGGCUCCCUCGCAGCAGAGCCCUGUGAGGACAGCUUCUGUGAAUCAAAGAAAUCGAACUUACAGCAGCAGCGGGAGUAGUGGAGGGAGCCACCCGAGUAGUCGGAGCAGCAGUCGGGAGAACAGUGGCAGUGGGAGCGUGGGGGUUCCUAUUGCUGUCCCGACUCCCUCUCCUCCCAGUGUCUUUCCAGGUCAUCCUGUUCAGUUCUACAGCAUGAAUAGACCUGCCUCUCGCCAUACUCCCCCAACAAUAGGGGGCUCGUUGCCCUAUAGACGCCCUCCUUCCAUAACUUCACAAACAAGCCUUCAGAAUCAGAUGAAUGGAGGACCUUUUUAUAGCCAGAAUCCAGUAUCUCUUGCUCCUCCUCCUCCCUCCAUCCUACAGGUAACUCCUCAGUUACCUUUAAUGGGAUUUGUGGCCCGAGUCCAAGAAAAUAUUUCAGAUACACCACCUCCACCACCACCUGUGGAAGAACCAGUCUUUGAUGAAUCCCCCCCUCCACCUCCUCCUCCAGAAGAUUAUGAAGAGGAAGAAGCAGCUGUGGUCGAGUAUAGUGAUCCUUAUGCUGAAGAAGACCCACCGUGGGCUCCAAGGUCUUACUUGGAAAAGGUUGUGGCAAUUUAUGAUUAUACAAAAGACAAGGAAGAUGAGCUGUCCUUUCAGGAAGGAGCCAUUAUUUAUGUCAUCAAGAAGAAUGAUGAUGUUCUCACAGCUCACACCUACAGAAGCAGAGAAGAUAAUUGUGCAAAACAGUUGGUGGUAGUCCGCUUGCCUGUUGGACCCCUUCUGGAUUGUGGGGGUGCAGAAGACACUGAUGAAGUCCUUCAUACUGAAGACCUGCAGCAGAGGGGGAUCCAUGGGUCAGCUUUUUCUUUAUUAUUUAGUACUAAUCUGUGUGAUUGUUUUAAAAAAAACCUGUUGGAUUUUCGGCAUAUUUUAAAUUUUUGUACAGUUUUGAAUUCUCUAUAUUGUCUUGGAAGGAUGCUAUGUAAUGAUGAUAGGCCAGGCCUACACUAAUUGGAGACUUUUAAUGUAUGUAAUAUUUCAUAGAUUGCAUGCUAUUAAUAGUCUGUGAAGGUAGUAUUUCUUGAUUUAUCGUAAGUUUCCCCCAUUUACUUUUUAUAAACUACAAGAUGGUAGUAGGAAUUCCAAAUGAAUACAGAAAUCUUACAGGAUACAUAAUAUUGUGGCAAAGAUGAUCCAAGUCUAAAAUCUGACUAGUAAGCAACCAUUCUGACAGGAUAGAGGGAAUCUAAUGGGAGAGGGGAUUUUUUUCCUCCUCAAGUGCUUCUUUUUUUUUCCAUUUAAAAAAAAAAAAGUGACUUAAGCACCCCACCCCCCGCCCGUUGCUUUUGGUACUACUAUUUAAAAGGCCAUGGGGAAAUUAAUGAAAAUACACUUUCUUGUUGACCUUCUGACCAGGGCAAUAAAUUUAAAAACCAAAAUCUAGCCCCGAGAGACUCAGCCUGUAUUGGGAGUAAAUAUGAGUCUUUUGAGAUGUCUUGAUCAGUAUUUUCCAUUCUUUUGGCUAGUUGCCUUCUAUCUCCCUCAGGGGCACCUGCUGUUCCCAUCUUAGGGUUGGCAAGGGCCUGCUACUUUUGCUGUAUUCCUAAAAGUCACUAGGUGGGACAUUCUUAUCCCUCCCUUUCUUUCCCCCUCCUGCUGCUGUUUAUUACCCAGCUAGAGAGAAGGUUUUGUGCAUCUUUACAGUGAUGUCUGUGAUGCAGGUGUGCUCCUUAGCUGUCUUAUGUUGAUUACUGAUGAUUACUUAAAAGAUUUUUCUGCUGGAGAGGCAUCAAAAUGAUGGUAGUUUGCUUUUAUCCUUUUGUGUUCAUUUUCUUUUAGCAGGUACCUUUCUGCAUUAAGAACUGUUCCUUUAUUUUUAUUACCUUUUCUCCUUGGUGGAGAGAGCAUGACAUGUUCUGAAGGCCACCUUGCCCUCUGAAAAGGGUUUGAUGGAGGAAUUGGCAGGUGACUGCCAAGUCUUCAAAAAGAAGGGAUCUGAAUCACUUCCCAUCUGUUCACUUCUGAACGUCUUUGGCCAGGAACUCCUGACUGGUGUGAAGGUGAUGAUUUCCCUCACAUGAUUUACUUAGGAUCAUAGAAUUUUAGAGCUAGAGGAUAAAAAAUUUUAGUUCAUUUUCCAUUUUAACUGAGGAGGUUAGACGUUUCGUUUCAGAUAACAGCUAGUUAACAGUGGUAGAGUUCCUGACUCAACGCCUGGUACUCUUUCUACAACUGUCUUAAUUGAAUGUGCUAUGUUUCUUUAAAAACUGAGUUCUACUUGAUGUCUUCAGGAAGAUACUUGAAAAGAUAUGCUGUUUCGAUAAAUACCAUCAGUAUUCAAAUUGUUUAAAGGAGUGUACUAAGUGCAACCUUAAUUAGUGAAAAUAAUCAUUUUAACCCUCUACUACACUCAGUACUAUGUAGCAAAAAUAGGUUGUAUUAUUUCAACACUGGCAGGAGCACAGCAAAAAGCCUUAUUGAGAGAGCCUUAUAAGACAGUUCUUAAAUGGAGGCAUUGUGCUCAUAACCUGAAGUUUACUUUAUGCUGAUCUUUGUUCCUAUUUCUUAAGAAUUUCAUAAUUCUUAAAAUUGACAAUAGGGCCUAGCUAUGUAUAAAUGAUCCUUGCUAAAUAUCUUGAGGUUUUUUGUAAAAAACACAAAAAGCUUAUUUUCACAUUAAAAUGGUAAUGUCUUUUGCAACUUCAGAAUUCUAUGGAAAAGCAGUUUUUCAUACUUUGUGUCCAUGCAUCUUUCUUCUUAAAAUGGUUUACAAAAAAGAAUGUAAACACUUGUGAUCUGGCCAGUUGUAUUUUUAAGCUCCUGCAGAGAGGGUUGGUGUUCUGAGUUGAGUAGAAAUCAUGCAGGAAAACUUGAGGGAGCAGUCUGUUGCCAGUAAUGUUUUUUGUGUGUGCCAUUAAGCCACCUCCAGAUGAGUGGGGGAACAUUGACUUCUUAAUUUCAAAAAUUGUAUUUGAAAUUGUUGCUGUGUACUAAGAACUUGACCUAAAUAAAAUUCUACAAAGUAAGUCCAA